UCCGCCAUUUAGGUGUGGACUCUCCAGCCCUUUUUUUUUAAUAUAUAUAUAUGUCUUGUUAGCCAGCUAUGCGCCGAGGGAAUGCCCGGGUAUGGUAAACAAUCGGAUCUGAGCCAGAGUGCAGGAGCUCUGCAGCGAGCUGUCUCCAGCUGCCCAUGUUUCCGCCACGUCUGCGGACCUCUUCAUGAGAUAGAACCGCCGCCUCCUGAUGGCCUGGACAGGAUAAUGAUGGUUGGGAUGGGCAACUAUCAGAUACAAAGCAGUCGAUGCAGUGUGGGAAUGGCAGCUGUAAAUAUCCUGGCAAAAAAGCUCAACGUCGACAACAAAUGGUAUUUUGACAGAAGAUGUGACGGGAAGGUUGCGGUUGCAAUACGUGGACAACAUCAAAUCAUCCUGCUGAAACCACAGCAGUUAAUGAACUUGAAUGGAAACAGUGUCAAGCUGGCAGCUGAAGUAUAUCAGGUAACACCAGGAGAGAUUUUCUUGAUUCACGACCAAAUAUAUUUACCGCUGGGUAAAUAUGUUGUCGCAGGCGAAGGAGAAAAUAUAAGGGACCACAGUGGAGUAAUGUCCUGCAUAAACAAAAUGAAAAGUGAUAUCAUGCAACGUAUCAUGAUAGGCAUUGGUCCUCCCCCAUACGCAACAAAGCGUGGAUUACUUCAUCAUAAACUGGGACGUUUCAGUGAAGUCCAACAGGGCAAUCUGUUGCAAGUGCUGGAUCAGUGCACUAAUUAUCUGCUGGAAAACUUGAAUAACAGUUAGAAGCCAGGGUUGUGGGCAGGCGGUCAAAGGAAAUACCCAGAUGUGUACCACAUGAAGGAAAGCUGGCAACUGAUAGAAAAAGCAGUUGAUGUAAAUGUUAAGCGUCAUCAAGGCCAGUGGUAAGGAGGCGAGACAUGACCAAAUAAAAACAAAGUGUUGCCC